AUGUCACUGUAUCGGGUGCGUUUUCUCGGAUAUCCCCCCACCACUUCAUCCCGUCAUUCCUGGCGUCCUCCCCAUUCCCUCCGUCUUGACCUCUCCGUGUGUUCCCAGCUCCUGCCGUCCGCGCAUCCCAACCAUUUUCUUACGUUUUAUGCGCGUCAGAAGUUGUCUCCUGCCGGCCUCGCCUCCAAGCCAUUUCCCGUCCCCAUCGCCGCCACCGCGUUAGUCCAUACCGCGUGGGAGGACGCCUACGGGCUGUCGUCCCCGUCGCUGCUGCCGCCGUCGCCGCUCGUGCUGCCAGCGCACGUGCCGGAGGCGCCGCACCUGGUGGACUGCGCGGCGGGCGUGUCGCUGAGGGAGCGAACAGAGGCGGACGAAGAGGGGAUGGCUGCGCCGUGGACUGGCGUGGAUGGGUGCGACGCGCGACCCGCAUGGGUGCGCGGGCCCUCCAGUGCGAGUGCGCCCAUGACGCGCCGUGUGCAGGCGGACAUUUGGCGCCACCAGUUCCCGCCUGGCCCCUGUGACACGCACCGCCUGCUGCUCGUCGACUGGCGCCUCCUGCGCUCCAUGCCCUCCUCGUCCCCUGCUGGCACUGGCGGGGCGGACUGGGAUGCGCGGGGCAGCGCGGGGGCGUGGAAGGAGGGCAUGGCGUGGAGGGUGCAGGCCAUGGCGGCGCUGCUGGGCGUGGCCAUGGCUCACAACCGCACGCUCGUGCCCCUGCCCCGCUCCUUCCCUGCUGCCACCGGCAAGGCCUGCUCAG